AUGGCCAAGGUGCCUUUUUAAUUAAAAUCAUGGUUGAACUUCCGGUCUUCCUGAGCUCUGCGGUUUUUGACUUCCAGUUUCUACUUCAACUUUGAGUGGUCCUGACGUCCUCUACAGCUAUGCUAACAAUUUCUAACAAGCACAGAGCUCUUUAGUAGCCUUUCUACAUUCUAAUGAUACCCACCAAUUAACAGCUUAAGCCUGUUUCUUGUGUGUGUCCUGAUUCUUCCACAGCAUACAUUUUCAGACACAAAAUUAGUGCACGUGUUCAUGCUGUGCAAAAAUCCAGUUCCCAGCAUUAUUUUGCUUAAAUUUUUUGAAGAUCUGUGGACCAAUGCCCAUCAUUUAUUUAACAAAAAAAAUCUGGCUGUUCCCACAUAUAUUCAUAAAUUUACAGCUGAUUUUUACAAGGCCAUGUGGUCAUCCUGAGGUCCACUGAAUCAACUUUGCUGAGAAUAAUUAUUAUUAUUUACAAGGUGAAUUGAAACAAAUUAUGCAAAAUUAUGGCAUGUCAAAUGCAUUAAAAUAGGUCAUUAAUGAGUCAGCAUAGAGCCACAAGAGGGAGCGGAGCUGAUGUGCGACCCGCUAUUUCAAGUGUUCACCAAGGGCAGCCUUGUCAACCAUGCAUCCUCUGCAAACGAGGUAAUAUGUCGAAGUAUUUCCAUCCAAAGUCAUGGAAGGAUGGCUCACUUCUCAAGAAGCUUCAAGAAUUUGAACCAGCUCUUGGCAUCAAUCCAGAUAGCUGCAUUUGCAGAAAUUGCCGGCAAGAUGUGAGUUCCAUUGGCGAGAGUAGUUUUGUACCUAGAUGGAGAAAAAUAAAUGAUGAGAAUGAAAAAGAGCAACAGUGUUAUGUUUCAGAAUGCAAUGAAUGUGAAUGCAAAAGUACCACAUUAGCUGAUAGAGCAACAAUAUGCUCAUUGUUUGAUAUGAAUAUAGAACGCAUUGAAACACCAAGAGGUACUGAUGGCAUACCUCUUUGUACAUACCACUACGGCGUCCUAUAUCGAAAAUUGAACCCGUCCCACCUCAAAUGCAAAACGUGUAGUAAACACAUAUCAGACUUUACAAAAAGCCGAGUUGUCUCAGAGCCUGACAUAAUAGAGGCGUUCCUCUCAGAGAACACUGUCACUAGUAGUAAUGAGAGCAUAUCAUCUAGUGACCGAGUGUGUUUUACGUGCUACAAAUCCCAUCUCUAUUUACUGAAGCGACUAAAGGGGUCAGUCAAAAGCACAGACUCUGACCUUCAAUUGCUACUUGAUAAGAUUGAAUCCGAUAUACCCAUAUUAUCUAAUGUCAGAACAUCGGAUGAGGUCCUAUCAUACGUAUCUAGUCUGUCAGCCAUACAUGUUGGCAAAGCGAUUUUGAAACAAACAGCUCUGUUAUUGCCUGAAGUGUAUGAGACAUUUAAGAUUAAACUAUCAAAAAUGGCUUCAGAGAUGAACAUCACUGUUGACUUUCCAAACUCAAUUUGGCUAAGAAGUGAGCUCUCAAAUAUGCUAGAACAUCAUAUGGCUUACAAAUGCUCAGUGAUGAGGAUAGGUACGAUUCUGUACCGCCAUGGAGGAGACAUUUUCUAUGCCCUCAGUGUUGCUCUAGGUCACUGCAGACGUCACGAAACAAAAGACAAAUUGUCUGAGGUAUGCCUCACUCUAAAUGAAAAAUGUCACAAGUCAAUUAAUGAAUUGAUUGAACAAGAUUCUGGACAGCCACAUAAUAUAGAGAGCAUUGACAUUAACAAGUUCAUUAAUAAACUUGAUCCAGACAUUUGGAGAGCUAUUUCAUUGCUAACCAAACCUCUCUCAAAGAAAGCCAUAAAGAACACGUCACAAGUACGAACUAUUCGGAGGUUCUUUUGUGUGUGUGUACUGUUUUUCACUAUCAACAACCAGUGUUCCUUCCCAAUACAUACCCUAUUGACAGAAGCAAUUGAAACAUGUGGAGGCUCUAUACGCUUGGUUAGGAUGUUCAAUCGCUUAGGCAUUUGUGCAAGCUCUGAAACUGCUUUGAGGUAUGUUCAAUACCGUAUUGAGAAACGAGCGAGUGAGGGAAUAAUGAAAAGCUACCCAAGUAACUGUUUUAUGAUCGCAUCAGCCGAUAAUAUUGACUAUAUACACCAUUAUGCCAGAGUAUAUUGUGGAAAACAGCAGUUAAGUUGGCAUGGCACAACAGUACAAAUCGCCCAACCCAAGCCACUAACACUAACUACCAAUACAGACUUAAUUGGGAACCGCAUGCUCACAAAGAGAGUAUAUUCAACAAGAUCACCAAUUAAGUCCCCUCAACCGAAAAAACUUAGAAGGAGCAGAACAGGAGCGAUCAGAGCCCUAUCGGCAAGCGAGGAAAGUUCCAAUACAAUCUACACCCAUGUACAGAGUACUGAAACAACACCGCUAAGCAUGAAUGACUUUGGGCUGAAACUUAACGAAGAGAGUGCCCUAAAAAAAUUUCAAAAUAUUGCUGGUAACUAUAUUCUGCUGAAAGUUGCUUGUACAGCACAUGCCACACCAUUGAUCGACUUCCAGGCCUAUUUCAGUCUAUCUAGCAAUAUAUGCAGUGUAGAAAGGUCCAACAUAAUCUAUUACAACGUUCUAGAUCAAAAAUGUGACGAUAACGAGACUGUGCUUAGUAUUAUAAACGACCUGUACAACAAAUUCAUUGCUACAAAGAAACAAGCACUAAUUUUCCUAGAAGGGGAUCAAGUAACAUAUGCCCGCAUACAAUCUCUUAAGGCAGAGUAUGGGAGUGAUUUAGCAUGGCUCAUUCCAUUCCCAGGAGAUUGGCAUAUUCUCAAGAAUUACCAAGAGGUACUGGUCAAAAUCUACUUUGAUGCAGGCCUAGUGGAUAUUGGGAAGUGUAGUGGGUACAACACCCCCAAUUCCAUCACCUCUAACUUUAAGAGGACUCACCAUUUUCUAAUGGAAGCGUGGGAAUCCAUGUAUCGGCUCCUGUUCUCCAUUUUCUUGGAGAAGGGGAAUGUCCCAACAGAUUUUCUUCACACCGCAUCAGAAAUGGUCCAAAAUCUUCCUCCUUCUGAAACCCAAGAAAGUGCCCUGAGGAACAUCAACCAGUUGCUGGAAGACCUGCAAGAGAAAUGCAAUGUACUUCAACUAUUUGACGAGUACAUCCAGAAGAGAGAGUCGGAAAACAAAACAGUGAAGUUUUGGAUUGAAUUCAUAUUCAGAACCUGUGUGGGAUACAUAGCACUCUACUGUGCUGUGAGAACUGGUCAAUGGGACUUAAGAAUGGCUGCUAUUAAAUUAAUGGUGCCAAUUUUCACUGCAUUUGAUCGACCCAGGUACCAGCAAUUGAUUCCUCAACACAUAAGAGAUAUGUAUAACUUACCAGGUGAUGUUCGUGCAAAUCUCGAAAAAGGUGGUUUCACUGUGAGUCUUCUUGGUAGGCCAGGCCACUCAAUAGGAAUCGAUGAGGCACAUGAGAUGUGCAUUAAUCGUGAAUGCAAGGAGUUCGUUAGCAGACCGUCUGCUGAAACUAUCACCAGAAUCUCACUCUUCUUACCUAUCAGAGCAGAAGCAAUGAAAAACAUUGAGCAACAGCUUUUUAAGAAGCAAAAGAUUGAUAUAACACCAAUCAAAUCACUGUAUGCUACUAGCAAUGACAACGAGAGCAGAAAGUUGGAAGGAAACAUUAAGAAACAAGUGAACAAGUUAGAGUCAUGUAGCCUUGUCACAAGCACCUGUAACGAUGCUCUAUGUCACCUUUUCAAUAAAAAACAACUAACUCCCCAACAAGAACAUGACCUCAUCAAUUUUAGAUCCAUAGGGGAAACAGAGUAUAGGAACCGUGUGCAGUACUACAUCUUGAAAACUCCUAGUGUCAAACCACCAAAACACCGAAAGAGACUUUUAACAUUUACAGAAAAACUCGGACGACGAAAAAAGGGCUCAGAAAUCGAAAGAGAGAGAAAGAUUCAGAUAGAAUUAUGGAAAAGGAGAGUUGCACAUGCUACAAUCACAGGAACAAACCUAAGCAAAAGUUAUGAGCAGUGCUUGGAACUACCCAGAGCGAUUGCAAACAUUGAUGGCACACCAACUAAAGGAGCCAAGUCAAACACUACCAAUGUGCUACAAAAACGGUAUGAGAAGGCAAAUGCUGCUAUUAUUGCAUCGUCAUUAAAACCUGGAUGGAUACCAGAUGCUGUCAUAAUCGAGGGAAUGUUUUUGAUAAAUAUUACACCAUGGAGUGCACAUAAAAACAUAGGUGAUUAUGCCGACUUUUUAAUCCGACAGCAUAUCUAUCCAUACUUUAGAAGUAGAUCACAGGAAGUACACUUACUUUUCGACGAUCCUGAGUGUGUCCAGCUAAGUCCCAAAUAUUUUGAACGACUGCAUCGCGACAAGACAGCACACUUGAAUGACGAUCACCAGUGCACAACUUUUGCAGCAGACAUGGUGAUCCCUCCUAUGUGGAGAAAAAAUAUUUUGAGUUGUAGAUUAUGCAAGAGAAACCUUGUUACUUUUCUCUCAACUUACUUCUUGAAGAAAGUGCAGCGCAAGCUAGCUCUACAACAAAAAUUUGUUACAGCUGGAGGGUUCAGCAGUAAUCUGCAAAACAAAUGCCUGUUUGUAACUGGAUCCACACCACAACCACAAGUUGACGAUUCUCUAUAUUGUAAUGCAGAAGAGUCAGACACGAGAAUUUGGUUACAUGUAAUCAAUUCUGUAGGCACUAGGAAGCUUGUACUCAGUCCUGAUACAGAUGUGUAUCACGUAGGCUUACCACUGGUUGCUGGAACACAGCUUGAAUGUAAUGUUCGACUGAGCCUGUUCAACUCAACAGAGCAUCGAUUCCUAGACAUACAGGCACUCCUCACAGCGUUCGAGAAUGAUCCUAGUCUCGCUGCAAUUGAACAACUACCAGCAGUUAUGCAGAUGCUAUACAUAAGUACAGGAUGUGAUUUCGUUUCAUUUUUUAACGGAAUAGGAAAGGCAACAUUUAUGGCUACACUGUUUGAAUAUUCACAAUUUAUCUGCGAUAGUACUGCUCAAACUCCAGGAAUGCUAUCUCAACCAGACGCUGAUGGAUUCCUCUCCUUCAUUAGGCUGGUUGGAUGUGCUUACUUCAGAAAGCACAAAUCAGUAUUUCUACCUUCAUUCCCAACACCAAUGUCACUAUUUAACUCACUUCUUGAUAGCAAACAGCAUGCCCAAGUACACCACAGUGCAUGGCUUUCUCUGAUGAGGGAGAAAAUCUGGCUCCGUAUAAAGUAUGAAGAAGAAAUGAUCCCCUCCUAUGACGCACUUGACAGACAUUGGAAACGGUCCUGUUGGGUACAAUGUGUGUGGAGUCAAGCAACUUCCAACAAUAUCACUUACCCAGUACUAGACGGAAACGGAUGGAAACGGAUGGAAACAGGUUGACACAAGUACAUUGGCCAUCGACUGGGACAGUGAGAGCAAUGUUUCGGUGAUCAGAGACAGAGUCACCUUGCUUCAAAAGGGAUGUGGUUGCAAAACAGGCUGCCAAACAAAUCGUUGCAAGUGCAGAAGAGACAAGCAUGAUUGUGGUCCUGGAUGCAAAUGUCAAGGGUGCACAAAUGUACCUCAAACUUCUCAGACCAGUCACGAACUUAACCUCGACCAAGAGAGCUCUUCAGAAUCUGAAGAUGAAUUUGGCGAUUCUGAGGUAGACGAUAUAAUGCGAGAUGUUUUUGGAGACAACAGAGACACCGAUAACGAAUCUGCAGAAGAGACAGAGGAUAUGGACUUAGACUAAUACGAAUCGUGGAACUCUGUACAUACAAAAUGAGCAAUUACACACCUACUUUUUAUGAAGGUAUAACUUUUUAUGCGUAUUAGAUCACAAAUUAUAAAAUGUAUUCCUAUGCUGUCUAAGCCUGACAAACAUGACCUGCUAAAAUUACUGGGAACUGGGUUUUUGCACAGCUACAAAAACACUAGUACAAAACCACAAAGUACAGUAUACAAUACUCAAGAAAGAAUAUCUUUUCCCCUACUUACCUUCAAGAGCUAGGAGUUGUACCAUUACAAUCAUGAAGAGUUAGAUGUUUUUACUACCUCUCUUUCUCUUUGAAAUGAUCGCACCGCUCCCAAAAAAAGUGAGCUAAAGAAACUAGAACUUUCUAACAAAUUUCUUCCUGUUCAAUAUUAUGAUGUAAUGCGAAAUGCAUAUUUAACUAAAACACGUACAAGUAGGUACGGUGGCUAUCCAACUGUAAUUAUACAGACUGGACAUGUACAUGCUAUAUUAAACGGUGUUCACAUCAGUUUCUAGCUAUCU